GCAAAGCAAGACUCCGGGAAGCCUGUGCUAGAGCAUGAUCCCGUCACUGGUUGUCGGAAUAUUAAAACGCAACGCGUCCAGGGUAAUGAUCUGCAGAUGAGCCCAUCUGAGCUGUAAAGUCAGUCGUUAACAGACGGAUGCUUCCUUUCUAAUUUCAAGGAAUGGAUGCAACUCAGGCGAUCAGUGACUCGAUCUUAGAGUCAGAGGAGGAGGACCAAGAGAAGAUCCAAAAUGAAAGCAGGAAGCCAUUGGCCAAACUGUGCAUCUUAAAUAAUAAACACAUCCCUGAAAAAGAGUUGCCCCUCUUCCUGGGACAUAAUUUCCUGGGUCGUGACCCAAAUUUUUGCACAAUACAGUUGUUGGCACCAUCUGUGUCCAAGCAGCAUGCUGCCAUCAGCAUCUCUGUUCACCGGAGAAGAGGCCGUGUCCAUGAAGUGGACAUGGAGGCCCUGGUUUGGGACCAAAAGAGUACGAAUGGGACACGCAAGGGACGCCUAAAGCUGACCCCUAACGUGCGCUAUGCCCUCAAUGAGGGUGACAGCUUGGUUUUGGGGGACAUCCCAUGUCGGUAUGUGAGCUCCGGGAUGGACUCUCCUUCUUCCCUUGGUGACAUGGAGACACCAAGACAAUCGGAAGCAAACGCCAGAUUGUCAGAUUGGGACGACGUUGACACAGGAAGCAAGAAAUGUGUCAGUAGAGGCACAAAAGCUAAGAGGAUUCCUGUCACAGGCAGUUGCCUCUCAUUUGAGAAAACUCCAGUCCAGCCACAAGGGAGCUUGGUGCCAGAAUCUGAUUCUGAGUCAGAGAGCGAAAGAGAAGGGAGAGGAAACAGAAAACAGAAGGAUGUUGUGUCUGCUUCAGACUCCCACAAUUCUGCAUUCUUAAGCCCUCAAAGCAAAGUCGUUCCUGAAAGUGAAGAUGAAAGCCCCAUCACACCAUCCUCCUCCAACAGAAACGGGUCAAGCAGACGCAUCAGUUUCAGCUUGGAGAAGACAGAUAUUGACCUGGAGAAAAACAAGUCACCUGUGUUUGCGGAAAAUGGUGUGGAGGAAGGAGAAGGAGCAGCCGAAGGAGGGAUGUAUUCGGAAGAAAGGGGAGAUAAUGUGAAAAGGGAAGCCGAUAAAAGUCCUACAGAAAGCAGUGAAUCACUCAGGUCGACGCUACAGGUCUCCAGAGACGCCGUCCCUGAAUUUAACCUGGACAGUGACACAGAUGUGGAGGGAGAAGAGGAAGAGGAGGUGCCUGCUGGGAAAAGUGAUCAAUGCCCAAACACAGUCCUGUCACACAUGGACAGUGACACUGAUGUUAAUGAAGAUGUCUCAGAUAAAGCUCCAAGAACGUCGCCUUCAACUGAUGAAGCAACGAAAUGUUCUGUUGCUACUGGUAUUCAGUUUGAGGGCAUCACAGUGGACAGUGACACUGAUGUGGAUGGUGAUGAUGAUGCUAACGUCACAUCCAAAGCUGUGUUACCUCAGGGUGUGCACAGCGCUGACUCCGCCCCUUCAGUACAGUCUGUAGAUUUCAACUUGGACAGCGACACAGAUGUAGAUGAGGAAGAGGAGGUUGGGAAAUGGGGAAAUCCCAAAACACUCAGUGAAAAAUCUGAUAAACCUCUGUCUCCUCACAAUCUGCAUCCAAACAGUCACACCUGUGAUAAGGAGGUGACUGCAGCUGGUUUGGAUAUUUUGUCCGAAAGUGAUACAGACCUGGAAGAAGACUCACUCCUCUCUGUCCCUGCUGCUGCAGCAGACCUGCCUGUGUCAUCUGCUGCAGCAGCAGGAGCUCCCGAACCAGAAUCUGAUGCAGACACAGAUGUUGAUGAACUUGUUGCUCCCCAACCCGCAGAUGAGGGCAAACCAGCUGACCUUAGGAUGGAAAGUGAUACAGAUGUGGAGGAUGAGGAGACAAGUCCUGGAGAGGAAGAGCAGGGGCAGAUCCCCCACCUGCUGAGAGAAAAUACUGCAGAGUUUCCGGUUCUUCUUUGGCAGAACAGUUCUACUCCUGUUCAUGUUUCAGGAGAAGUUGAACAGAUGGAAACUCAGGCCUUCACAAGCCCCAUUUCACAUCCACGUAGAUAUGCUGUACCUUCCUCCUUAAGACCAGCACUAAUGACUUCUUGCUCAGACAGUCAGGAAGAUGAAGAUUAUACUGUGGCUGAGACCCAAUCUUUCAUUCUUCAGACAAGAAGUUGCCACAAAGGCUUGAAUCCAAACCGAGCCUCCAUUCUUAAGUCCUCUGCUGUCAAACAAGAGGACCGAUCCAAAAGAGAUGAUUCUUUCCAGCUGGGACUGUCUGACAGCAGCCACCUGCAGGGCGAGGUCAGGGAGAACACACAAGCUUACGCCGCAGUCGAUGGUGGAGUAAACAUGGAGGAUACUCAGGAUUAUGAGGAAAGUGCAGAGAAUGACUCGAGCCUGGAGGCCACGCAGCCCUACGAAGUCGAGCCUCCCAGAUCUUCAGAAAUGUCUAAAAAAGAAACCUGUGUUGACUUGACUAUGGAGGCAACUCAGGCUUAUAUCCCAGAACCUUAUGAUGAAGGUUCAGAUGAAGAUGAGGGACUAAACUCUGCCAGGACUGGUGUGGCUUCAUCUGCACUUGCUAUGGCUGAAACCCAGCCAAUGUUCUCUUCUGCGGAGGAUAAUGAGCCAGAUUGUUCCUUAGAACCUGUUAAGAAUGAAACGGAGAGGCACGUCACCGAUUCUGAGUCAGUAGCGGAAACACAGCCCGUGUUUACAAGUGACAACGAGGAGAGCGGCGAUGAAGAGUUGUCAGCGGAGUCCAUGAAGUCUGCAGAGGAGCCGAAACAUCCACUGACUUCUUCAGCCUUAUGCCUCGCUGAAACCCAACCCGUGUGUCUGAGCGACAAUGAGGAGAGCGGCGACGACGAAGAGUUGUCAGCGGGGUCCCUGCGACCUUCAAAAGUGGAGACACACCCAAACACUGAUGCAGUUUUGUCGCUAGCUGAAACCCAGCCCCUGCAUGUCAGCGCUGACGAAACUGAGCCGAUGGACUCAUGUGGAGACCAUGAAAAUAACUCGGAGAUCCUUCUUCCACGAAAAAGAAAAGCGAAGCAGCUUCAUAUUGACGAAGAGGAGUCGCAGCAGCGCACAGACUCUGGUGAAACGCAGCCUUUGACUCCAGGUGAGGAUAACGACGAUUCUGAAUCAAUGCCAAGCCUGCGGAAAAGGAAAGCAAAGCCGCUGCAGCUGGAAGACGAGACAAAAUCACUCGUUGGUUCUCAAGUCUCUGCAGUUGAAUGUCAGCGUUCGGUUACAUGCGAGGAAGAACAAAGCAGCCAAGACUUUAUCUCCACCCAAAAAAGGAAAGUGAAGCCGCUGCACAUUGUAGAUGAGCAGACCCAGCCUCUGAUAAAUUGCGAAGAUGAAGACGUCCUACCAGAAAGGGAGUCGAAAGCUCUUCCUCUCAGCUCUGCUGGAGUUCCUUCUGCUGAAGUUCAGACAAAAGGGAGGGAUGGAAAAAGGGAUGGUGAUGAAUCCGUCACAUAUCCAUGGAAAAGAAAGGAAAAACGGCUUCAUCUUGAGGAAGAGGAGACGCAGCCGGUCUCAGCUUCUGAAUCUCAGAGAAAAACAGAUGAGACGAAAGUUUCACCAAGUACCAAAGAAAAAGGAGAACAAACAAAGACUAAGGAUGACAACAAUCAGCAGGAAGUGAAGGUGGUUAAUCAACAAACAAGAAAGAGAAGAACUACAAGAAAACAGAAAGAACAAGAUGAGGACAAAAACAAGAGAGCAGAAAAUGAGAAUCAGAUAAAGGAGCAAAAAGGUGGGAAACUCAGAGGAGAACCAGAAAUACACAAGAGGGAAGAGCUGAUGAAUGAAGGGACAUCCAAGCCUCAUCUUGAGGACGACAUGCAGCCGGUCGCAGCUUCUGAAUCUCAGAGAAGAAUUGAUGGGACGAAAGUUUCACCAAGUACCGAAGAAACAGGAGAACAAAAAAAGAAUAAGAAUGAGAGCGACCAGCAGGAAGUGAAGGUGGUUAAUCAACAGACAAGAGGGAGAACUACAAGAAAACAAGAACAAGAUGAGGACAAAAACAAGAGCCAGAUAAAGGAGCAAAGAGACAGAAAACUUGGAGGAGACGAAAAAGAAACAGAUAGACACGAGAAGAAAGAGCUGAUGAAUGAAGGGGCAUCCAAAUCUCAGCUUGAAGAAGAGACGCAUCCAGUCACAGUUUCUGAAAUCUCUCCACCGAAUACUGUAAAAAAAACCAAUGUGUUUGAUGUAUCCAGCAUUUCAAGUUCAAUAGAAACUCGAUUAGGAGAAGAGGAAGAGAAGGCACAAUGUUCUUCACAUCAAAAUAGACAAAUGAAGAGUGAAAAUAAACCAUUACCAAGCACAAGAGGACAGAGAGGAAAAACCAAAUCUAAGGAUGACAACAAUCAAGAAGAGGUGGAGGCGGCUAAUCAACGGACCAGAGGGAGAAGAAGUACAAAGAAACAGGAUGAUGAUGAAAUACAAAGGAGCGAUGAAAAUAAGAGCCAGAUAAAGGAGGAAGGAGACAAAGAAGAGAGAGAACAUGUGGAGACAGAGAGACGCAAAGAGAGGGAAGGAAAAUCAAAAGGAAAACCCAGAUUAAAGGAGAUGAAAUCAGGAAGUGAAGUAGAAGAAGAAAAGGGAACAAGUGUGGAAACAACAAAGACAGACCAAGAACACCUUGCAAGUCUGGAGAAAGAAAAACAGCCCAAAGAAUCACAAGAAGACAAGAACAAAGAGGAGAACCCCAAAGGUUCUGCAAGAGUUCGAAGAGCGGCAAGAAGAACAACCACAGCGGUGUGUGAAGCCUUGAGCGAGGAUGUACCAGCAAGGAGAACCCGCUCCCGCUCCAACUCCCUCAGCUCAGAGCGGUCGGUCUCCUCCAUCAACAGCAACACCCUGGAGAACAAAGGGAGAGGAAGAGGAGUGAAGAAGAGCAACGAAGCCUCCCAGAGAGAUGCUGUGAGAAGCAGCCGCCGAAGGACGACGACGGCGACUGCAGUGGAGCUGGAAGCUGAAGCUCAGGCGGUCAGUGCGAGCUCUAAGGUCUCCAGAGGAAGACCACAAGGAAGAGGGAGGAAGAGCUUGUCUCAGCCCGAUGUUGUGAUUAAAGAAAAUGAACAGAAAGCCACUGAGGUUCUGCAGCAAGAUGAGAAAAGAAAAGCAGACCCUAAGCUUGCUGGUACCAGUAGGGGGCAGUGGCGAGCCACUGCCAAUUGUUCUGAAGCUUUAGUUUUAAAUGAUGAGGGCCUUCAGUCAAAUCAGGAAAAAACUUCUGCUGAUCUAACAUCCCCUCUGCCCAAGAGAAACAUGAGGGACAGAGGUGCAAAAGCUGUAAAGACCGAGCCUGUAGAGGAAACUGAGGCUCCCACAGCGACUGAUGGUGACGAAACCAGAAACAAGAGAAAAGCAAAAACAAGUGAGGAAAAACCUGAAGUGGAUAGAGUCCAAAAAUCAACAGAACCAGGAGGGAAAGAGGAGCAACAGGAAGAGAUUCCUGUUGGGAUACAGGGCAGGAGAACAAGCAGAGCCUCAAGCACUCAGGUGAAGAAGAAUGAAGAGUCGCUCUUUACACAGGAAGUGAAAGAUGGAAAGAAGGCGGCGGCGGGGGCUGCUGGGAAGAAAGCCAGGGGUCGAACAACCGUGGUCCAGAAAAAUAAAAACCAGGAGCUGCAGGAAACUCAGACGUCUGGUUCUUCCAUGGAGCUGGCUGGAAACGAGAUUGAAUCAGAGAUCUCGGUCAUGACUCCUUCCCGGAAGCGGCGGGUUUCCUCAAACUCCUCCCCCGUGGCUAAGACGCCGCGUUCCUCCUCUGCGUCUCCAGCUACAGUUAGCCGAGUACGAUCCAGGAGCCAAACCUACAAGGUUCUGUUCACAGGAGUGGUGGAUAAAGAUGGAGAGCAGGUGCUGGCUCGUUUAGGAGGCGCCAUGGCCAGAGGUAUCUCCGACAUGAACUGUCUCGUGACAGAUAAAGUGCGAAGGACGGUCAAAUUCCUGUGCGCCGUGGCUAAAGGUGUCCCAGUCGUCACCACUCAGUGGCUGGAAAAGAGCGGUAAAGCUGGGAGCUUCCUCUCUCCGCUUGAUUUUAUUGUGAAAGAUCUGGAGCAGGAGAAGAAGUUCAGCUUCUCCCUGCAGGAGUCUCUGAGGACUGCCAGCAGUCGGCCUCUCCUCCAGGGAUAUGAGAUCCACGUCACAAAGUCGGUACAGCCAGAACCGGUUCACAUGAAAGACAUCAUCACCUGCAGCGGCGCUACCUUCCUGAAAAAGAUGCCCGCGGCUCACAAGCCUCGGACCGUAGUGAUUUCCUGUGAGGAGGACCUGCGGCUGUGUGGCCCCGCCGUGUCUGCGUCUCUGCCUGUCGUCACUGCUGAGUUUAUUCUCACAGGAAUCCUGCAGCAGAGAGUCGAUUUGCAGACUCAUGCACUUUCUCCCUGUGCCACCAACCCGCAUCCUGCUGAGGGCAGAGGCAGAGGCCGAAAGAAGACUUAGCGCACAGUAUCGCACUGAGAAAAUGUUUGGGUUUGUGCGUCUCUUUGAGAUUAAAUGACAGACUUUCUGUCUGCGUGAAAAGUUAGGAAUGUACUUACCAUCAAAUGCAAACAAAUUUUCUAGGUACGUUGUUUUUGCAUCAGGUGAUAGUGUUUGUUUUCUGUUUGCGUACAACAUUUAGAAAGUGUCCCUAGAGGCUGGACUCAUGAAGCAGAUUAGUUUCCGCCAUGAAGUUUAUGUUUGAAUCGUGUGUGUGUGUGUGUGUGUGUGUUGAAGGCUCUUUAUUGAAAUCCAUCUGCUCCAGAUGUCUGUAGGUACAACAAGCUUGUUUCCUGUGCUGAUAAAACGUGCGUAGUGCCUUUUAUACGUCAAAUGAUCAUGUGCUCACCACUGUGUCUAGUGCUCCUGUCUCCAUUAAGCAGCUCCACUCCAUUAAGGCGUCAUUCAAUCUCAUCGCCUUCAGGGAGAGAGGCACACCAUGAUUUCCUUCUAGGUAUGAUGCUGCAGCAGCAACAUUUCAUCCUGUUGGCCCAUCACACACCUUCACUACAUGUGAAACUCUUUCUGGGUUUUUGCUGUAAGUGGCCUUUUAAAUUGAAAACAAAAGCUUGUUUUUUGUGCCUCACAUGGGACUUUGACAGAGAUUGUGUCAAAUCAUGAAAACAUUAAAGGUUUUGUAUA